UUGAAAGAGUAUUGUUUUUAUCUUCUAAAGUUGUCUUUGUUAUUAUUAUUAUUUUUUUAAAUUAGUCAUCGCAGGGAUACAUUGAUCCAAAAUUCAACGCGACAAUAUGAAAGCCUGUCCUUGGUGGCUCGUGUGCAAUCAGUGUGAGUGAAGUGACAGAGAUUCAAAGCAGGUUGAGUUGAAAGGCUGAUUGUCUUAUACAGUUGGUGGGGAAAAAAAAACCUUUUGUGCACAUCAAGAUCUAAGGAACCUGAUUUUCAGAAGCUGCACCUUUUCUUGACAUUCUAUAAAAUACUUUAUCAGCCAGUUUCAAACUGAACACUUUCUCAUUGUCAAUACUCUCGUCCAGUUUUAUUUUCACAGGGACGCCUUAGUGUAACGUCAGGUCAUGCCGGAGCAGUGCUUUUUAGUGUUGUCUUGCAAAUUGAGAGACCUUAAGUGUGUCUUAUCAGUGCAUGACUUAACAGAAUUUCCGAGCACCGGAGCCACCAAUGAUUUUAAAAUCUUGUGUUAAUGCUGUCUUGUUGUAGGCGAUGUAAAAUAUAACAUAACUGGUUGUUAACUAUCCUGUAAUCUAUUGAUGUCUUUAGUAUUUUAUUUAAACUGACUGUCAAUUUAAAGGUAAAGAUUUAACAAAGAACCUCAAUGUUUUAAUUGAAAGAGUCCUUUGCUGAGUGCCUGCCCCUAUUGCUGGCCAUGGUGUCCCCCCUUUCCAAGAGUGUGGUUUGACCAUUCUGGGCCCCUGGGCAGACCAUAAAAGGGAGCCAUUGUGAAUGAAGACCGCUAUUUCCAUUAGGCCCAGGCCGGGUGGUGAGGAUGCCAUGGGUUUAGGAAAAGAUGUGGGUUCAGCUCUUAUAGGUGGAUAUGGACGCUGGGGAAGAGACAGGUACGGUCCCCCGAUACGGACAGAUUAUCGUCUCAUUGUUGAGAAUCUUUCCAGCCGCUGCAGCUGGCAGGACCUAAAGGACUACAUGAGGCAGGCCGGAGAGGUGACAUACGCCGACACCCACAAGGGUCGGAAGAAUGAGGGGGUGAUAGAGUUCAGGCUCUACGCUGACAUGAAGAGGGCUCUGGAAAAGCUGGACGGCACUGAGGUGAACGGCAGAAAGAUUCGACUGAUCGAGGAUCGCCCUGGAGCCAGGCGUCGCCGCUCUUAUUCACGCAGCCGUAGCCGCUCCAGGUCUCGCUCCAGGAGCCGUAGGUCUCGCAAGAGCCGCAGUCGCAGUGAGAGCAGCAGCCGUAGCCGCUCCCGUUCCAGCCGAUCUCAAAGCAAGAAAAGCAAGAGCAAAGGCAAGAGGGAGGAAGAGGAGCGCAGCAACGGUGCGCAAAAGAGCAAGAAGAGCAGGAGCCGCAGCCCCAAAAGUCGUAGCCCCAAGAGCCGCAGCCCCAAAAGCCGCAGUCCUAAGAGUCGCAGCCCCAAGAGCAAGAAGAGCAAAAAGGAAGGAAAGAAAGGGAAGAAGGAAACGUCCAUGUCCAGGUCUCGUUCUCGCUCUAGGUCUCGCUCUAGGUCAGGAAUUAAAGAUCGUUCCAGGAAGUCCGACUCAAAGGGUCGAGACCAGCCCAAGAGCGAAGACGAGGGAGGCGACCCAGAAAGGGGCUCACGUUCCCGCUCCCGUAGUCCCAUUGAAUCGAAAUCCAGAGCCAGGUCUAAAUCUAAAUCCAAGUCGAAGUCUAAAUCCCGGUCCCCCUCACCGGCCAAGGCCCGUUCCCGCUCUCGUUCGGCCUCAAGGUCAGAGUCCCGCUCCAUGUCUCGUUCUCGCAGCCGUUCCCGCUCAUAGUUUAGCUUUUGGACUGUUUGUCUCCAACCCUUCUCCUCCUGUCUCCCCCUGUCCUUCGUUAACAUUCCCUGAACCCAUCAGUAAAGCCCUGCCCCAUUUUUGAUAAAUAGUUGUAGAAUACCAGGCAGUCGUGAUCUGCGUCUUUUAUGCACAUGCUAAUCCUCUUCAUUUGACUUUUACUCUGCUUUUUGUUUUGCUUUUUUUGAUCAGAGUUGUCUCUUGUGAAGGUGUGUGUAAAAUAACAGGGUGCAAUCACCGUUUUAUAGGUUUAAAUGAUGAACAUGGUGAGUGUGUCGUAGCCUUUUUUAAAAACAUCACCCUUGGAAACAUGCUGUUUGUUUGUCACUACGCUUGAUGGGAAUGUGAUCCUACAUCGCUUUACCCUUUGUCCAACCCUUGUAACCUUUUAUUUCAGAAUAAAAUUGCCUGUUAAGGACU